CUACAGUACAGCCUGUACAGGACAAGUACAUCUAACUAAUCUUAUUUUUAGUUUUAAAGUACUUUGCACGUUAAUGCGUGAAGUACUGAACUGAGAAACUAGGGGAGAAUUACACUCGAUAGAAUCUCUAAACAUUCAAUGGAUAAAUACAUGAUGCCGCUGGAUCUUCCUUCUUACUUCAAUGAUGGAGAGAAGGAGAAGAUAUUGAGAAUUCACGACGGGGCCAGUGUCGUUGGUCAGAUAUGGUUAGAACAAAUGCUUGAUGUAGUUAAACAAGCAAUGAAGAGGCUCGAGUCUGACAAGACGUCGGCAACGGUUGCGAAAACGCUCUCGCCAACGAAUGUGGAGAGCCCGGCUGUAGGUGCGGUGGUGGUAGCAAAUCCUAUAUCUUUCGCAUCAUCUAUCAGCGAUGUAAGCUUUACGGUCCCCUUCCGCAAGAAAAAGGACAUGUUCUUCGGCGACACGACUAUAUAUGUGAACGCUCCAGGCGCUCCUAUGAAUCUGUGUGAGCCUCUCGCCAUGUACACAAAGAUUACCCUGUUGGUCUGUGUGGACACGCCUGAUAAAGUUAAACCUGUGUGGACGUACGUUGGUUUUGGAGACGAUCUACAUAAGCCUCUCUUUUGCUUUACUAUGCCCGCCAAACUGCCAAACACAGUUCGUGUCGUGGAUAAGAAGAGGGGCGCUGAUAGCGUUGCGCAAGGUGCCAAUGACGAGAUUAUUAGCAACAUGCUAACUCAAGCUAGCGGGAUACCGGUGUGUCAUACACCCGAUAUUGUGGGCACUCUCAGCCCCUUAAAGAUCAAGAGAACUUACGCAAAAUGUCACCUGAAAGUGAAAGAGGGUGCUCUGUAUUCGCUCUCAGAUGGAAUUCUGUUUGGCUUGAAGACACCAACCUUCUUCAUAUCGUACAAUCGCAUCACGGGCAUGGAGAUGGCUUCAUCUGGAUCAAAUCGGACAUUCAGCUUGGCCAUAAGCUAUACCGCUGGAACCGCACUGCAAGACGGUAUUGGCGAAGAGCCUGUAGAAGAAGAGGAUAUAAAUUUGGAGAUGUUUGAUUCGAGCGACACAAAUUAUGUCAGCUAUAUAAUACAAUCUUUUAAAAAGUGGAAUAAGAGAAAACGACGACUAUCAAAUAAUGCUGAAGAAAAAAAGUCUGGCACCGCGCCUGCAACAUCCGAAGCACCCAAUAAGGCUCAGCAUGGCGCUGGUGAACUCGAAGAUGGAUCGGACGACAGUGAGGACUCUGCUGCCGAUUCAGACUUCAAUCCCAAUAGGAAAAGAGAUUCCGAUUCCGACGCAGACUCGGACUGUCCGGAGGAAUUCGAUGAAAACUACGAAUCAUCAGAAUCGGGAGACGAAAGCGAGGGAGCUCGAAGUGAGAAUGGCGACGACAGCGACGACGACGACGAGCAAGAGGAGACGCCUGUUCAAGGGAGAGAAAAAAAAAGGAGGCGGAGCAGCGAGGGCAAUGAGGGGGGAAAGAGAGCACGCAAUUCUGAGGUAGAGAUUGUAGGUAGUGUGGCGCCGAUGAGUGAGGAAGAUAGUGACGAUGGUGAGUGAGGGAGUAUUGUUUGCUGUGUUAAUGGUGGUUACGCUGUGCCGAGGGAAUAUCUUGUGGUAAACGAAGGCACUCCACGGCGGCACGUAAACCACUAUUGAAUAAAUUUUAGACAGUGAACGUAAUUUGAAGAUGAAGCGUAUCGGAUUCGCAACAUAUUAAAGCACGAGUAAAAAAACUGAUUCGGUAUAUGUAGUGCAUCAGCAGUUGGAGUAAUAUUUUAUGGCGGUCCCAGAUUUACAAUCGGAUCAACCGGGAUUUGUGUCUACCUGGUAUUACUGCGCAGCGACGUUCAGCGUUCAACAUAGAUUAAUUUUGAUCCUAGUGUUGUGGAGCAAACCAACCAAAUUCAAAUAAGACAAUAAAAAGUAGGUUUAGUACG